UCAACUUUCCCGACAGCGAGUCCAAAACAAUCGAACAUGGCGGACUUCGACGAGCGGCGGAGCCUGUUGGGAGAUGAGGACGAGGACCGGGAGACCCCCAGAGGACCCGGCAGACCGAUGCUGGCCAUCUGCGACCCCAGCCACCUCCUGCACCGGGUGGUCGUCCUGCUUUUCAUGUGCUUCCUGGGAUUCGGAAGCUACUUCUGUUAUGACAAUCCAGCUGCACUCCAGACUCAAGUCAUCCAGGAUAUGAACCUGAACACUGCCAAGUUCAUGCAGCUGUACGCCUGGUACUCGUGGCCCAACGUGGUCCUCUGCUUCUUUGGAGGAUUUCUGCUCGACAGGGUGUUUGGCGUCAGGCUGGGGACGAUUAUCUUUUCCCUCUUUGUUUGCGUGGGACAGGUUAUAUUUGCUACAGGAGCUUUGGUAAAUCGCUUCUGGCUGAUGGAAGUUGGACGAUUUGUCUUUGGCAUCGGGGGAGAGUCCUUGGCUGUGGCCCAGAACACAUAUGCAGUCAACUGGUUCAAAGGCAAGGAGCUAAAUCUGGUGUUUGGCCUUCAGCUGAGCAUGGCCCGACUGGGCAGCACAGUGAACAUGAACAUCAUGGGCUGGGUGUACAGCAAAGUGGAAGACAUGGUUGGUUCCUCUGGACACACUGCGCUCGGUGGAUCCCUCAUGAUAGCUGCGGUAACCUGCCUGUUUUCACUGGUCUGUGCCUUGGUGUUGGCUUUCUUUGACAAAAGAGCUGCGAGGAUCCUUCAAAAGGAAGAAGGAAACACAGGUGAGGUGAUCAAGCUGACAGAUGUGAAAGAUUUCCCCAUCACCCUGUGGCUCAUCUUCAUCAUUUGUGUUGGCUACUACGUCGCCGUUUUCCCCUUUAUUGGACUGGGACAGGUGUUCUUCAUUGAAAAAUUCAACUUCUCCCCAGCUCAAGCCAGAGCUGUCAACAGUAUUGUGUACAUCAUCUCAGCCCCUGCAUCUCCAAUCCUGGGCUUUAUAGUCGAUAGGACGGGGAGGAAUGUGGUUUGGGUAAUAAUUGCUGUGGUGGCGACACUCUGCGCUCACAUGAUGCUGGCCUUCACCUUCUGGAACCCGUGGAUCGCCAUGUCCCUGCUCGGCGUCUCAUACUCCUUACUGGCCUGUGCGCUGUGGCCCAUGGUGGCCUUUGUGGUUCCUGAGCAUCAGCUGGGGACGGCAUAUGGCUUCAUGCAGUCGAUCCAAAACCUGGGACUUGCUCUCAUUGCGAUGGCAGCCGGAGCCAUCCUAGACACCAAAGGAUACCUGGUGCUGGAAGUGUUCUUUUGCGCCUGCAUUUGCCUUGCAUUGAUGGCAGUGGUGAUGCUGUACUUUGUGGAUUAUCUCAGAGGAGGACAUUUGAACCGGUCAGCAUCAGACAGAGCCAAACUCCAGAAAGAAGCCACUUCAGCUGCAGAAUGAUGAUGGCGAUGAGCGAACACACAUGGUCCUGGGCUUCAGAACCAGCAGGCUGCACUGUCCACCCCACCGCUUUCAAUCUACUGCCACGGGGCGGGACUGCGGUUCUGACUCCACCCAGUGAUCUCAUCUGUGGUUCUUCGCACCAGAACUGACUGUCUGGCAUUGGCUAUUGCAUAAGUCCGUGUAAAUAGCAGACUACAUCCAUAUCAGGGUGCUGACAGAUGACACUGGACACCACACUCAUACUGACUUUAUUUCAAUCCGUAUUCACUCAACCCCUGACUCCUCCGUGUGUCUAACUUCAGCAUGAAGUUUCUUUCUCAGUUACAGAAGAAAGUUAAGAUGCUUGAAAAGUGUUUUAAACCAUUUUAAACUGUUAAUCAGAAGCUGUAUCUAGUGGGAAGGAAGUAUCCCUGAUAAAUAUUACCUGAUUUUAUUACAUACUAUUGCAACUCAUGAUAUAGGAUUCCUAUAAUAAUUCAGGUUUUAUAGGUACAUUUGGGUGACUUCGUGGGUGUUUUUAAAUGUUUUUUUUUAUUCUCUUACUGUUACUUGCCUUAUUGCAGCCCACUCAGCCGCUCCUUUAUGUGCAUAUCAUCUGUCAGCAUUCACAAUAAUUACCAACCAAAAUCCUCCAUAUUGGACUCUCCUUAGGCACAAUGGGUUCAUCUUCAAUUUUAAUCAUAUGCGUCAUUGACCUUUUAUGGUGGAUAAUCUCAAAAAGAGCAUAGCUCUUUAUUGUUUAAAUCUUUAUUGCUCAGUUCUUUUAUUUCUUAAUUUCUUUAUCUGGUGUUGGCUGAUUUGCGAGGUUCAUAAAAGUUUACUUUCUGUCGCAUCAUCAAAUAGCACAUUACAGUUAAGAUAAGAAAAAAUCGAAAGGGGCACUUUUGAAUGCAUCUAUCCGUGUAAUAUUAUUCCCAGUUAGGAGUUUUAUAAACUCCUUCAUUAUUGUGACUUUUUUAAAGAAUCCACAUUUGAAUUCAUGUUUUGUAGAUUGUGUUUUGCUCGUGCAUCAAGCUCAGGUAAUUAACUUGUUGUAAGCAUUUCCCCAAAUUAUUGAGUGAUGCAGCAAAAACACUCGUGCACUCUGCCAAACACUCUCCGGUAACGUGGAAGCAGAUUUGUGUUGCCGUGCUGAUAUCAGGCUCGCAGACUGUGGAUGAUUAACAUUCACUACCUCAGUGGGGCAAAUGAGUCCCGGUCAAAUUCUUAACAAAACAUUCAACACAUGUAGAAAGAUGGUCAGUAUAUAAAGGUAACAUGCUGUGAUUGCACAUGGAAAUGACCACUGUGUCAAACCACCAAAAGCGUGCUGCUCUUCUCACCUGUCAAUCAUUUGCACUUUGAGGUUUUUGACAGUCUUCGUUUCACUAUAAAUAGUUGUGCUAAACUAUGAAGUGUUACUGAUCUGUGUACAAAAUGAUCUAAUUGUACAACUGACAGCAGAAAUUGGAAAAGUCGCUUGACAGAACAAGCCUGUUUGUAGAACCAAGUCACAUUUGAUACCAAGAACAAUGACAUUCAAUUAAACAUGAUUUUUUUUUUUUAAAAA